AUGAUGGAUGUUAUUAUAUUUGCUGAUAAAAUAAACGAUUGCAAAGAAAAAUUAAGAAAAGUUUUACUUUAAAUUGGCAAUUUUUACGAUUUUCUUAGUGGAGACUUUAUUAAUUUGUAAUAAUUAUAAGAAAUGUAUGCUCCAAUAUUAAAUCAGAAGGAAGAUUUAGAAUAAACUUUUAUUGAGUUAUUUUAAAUAAAUCCUUAUGAUUCGGAUCUUGAAUUUCUAGCCUACAUUUUCAUUUCAAUUUUUGGCUUCUAAAAUAGAAGUAUAAAAGAAUUUCAAGAUGCUGCUUAAAAUCUAAAUUAAUAAAAGAAUAAUAAAUAUAAAAAACUAAAUUUAAUCAAUUAGCAAUCAGAAAAAAUAUCUGUCAUAUUUACAUCUUUGAUAGAAAAGAAAUAUGUGAUUAAAUAGACUUCUAAAUUAUUUUAAAAUAUGUUUGGAUACAGUUCUGAAUUUAUUCAUGGCAAAGAACUGAAUACUUUAAUACCAAAUAUGCUGAAAAAACAUCACGAUUAAAUAAUCUAACAUUUUGUUGAUGAUGAAUAGAUGGCUAUCAUAAAUUUAGGAAAUAGAAAUAUAUUUGGUUUAGAUAAUGAAGAAUUUGUUUUUCCUAUUGAUUUGAGAAUAAAAAUAGAAGCUUUUGAAAACGAUUUUGGAGUCUGUGCUCUCAUUCAAAAAAAGAAACAAUAUUUUUCUUACAUAUUUUUUGAAAAUGAAGGAAAAAUCACUGAUUUUUCAAGGAAAAUAUUUUUAGAUAUUUUUUAACCUCUAGGAUAUAAAAACGGAUCUCAAUUAAACAUAUUUGAUCUGAUUCCUACUUUAGAAGAUUUAUUUUAGACUUAGUAGUUAAAUUAACACUUAAAUUCUGUUUUAGUAAUUAAAAAACCUUAGUCAGACAAAAGCUAAACACUAUUAUCAGAAAGUUUAUAUUAAUCCUUAAAAACUAACAAUAAUAGUAAUAUGUUUUGUUAGAAUAAUUAAGUUUUUCAUAUUCAGUUUAGGUUAUUAAGCCAUUCUAUAAAAAAUAAAAUCAAUAUUAAUUUGAUUGAAAUUGAUUUUUACUCAUAAAUAACUGACUAUGUUUAAAAAAAUUUAAUCUUUGAACAACUUAAUAGAUUAAAGGAAAUGAAAGAAUCCUUGAACUAGGAAAAAAUAUAAUUAUAAUAAAAUGCAAAUUUCACCAAUUCUCAAUUUUUUUCAUCAAAAGAGUUUUCUUAAAUCUUUGAAAAUUAAGAUUUUAAUGCGUUUAAAAACAAAGAGUAUGAAAAAAAUUCUCUUAGAAGUUAUUAAUAACAACAAUUUCAAAAUGAUAGUGUCGAAUAGAAACUUUCUCUACAUCAGAAUAGUAAUGGAAGUUGUGAUUCGUAAAAUUUAAAAAAUUAUCAGCAGUAGCACAAUGAAAAAAGAUAAUUAAAUCAAAAUGGAAAUUAUUUCAAUUAUGAUUAAUAGUUAUUAACACAAAAUUAAUCUUAUAAAAUUUCCACGAAUGCAGUUGAGUAAGUAGAAACAAUUUUGUCUCCUAGUGUAAUUAGCCUAGAUAGAUUAUAAAUACAAAUAAAUCAGACAAAUUAACAAAGACACUUUACAUUUUUACCUAAUAAAACAAAAUAAAUACAUAUUAUUGAGCCAAUUGCAUCAAAUAAAAUUUCUAGCUAUCAAAGCAAAGACAAUUUAGAGAAUAUCUAAAAUAAUUCUCCGAAUAAAAUAAACUAAUCAGACAACUAAAGCUCACAUUCAUCAUCAAAUUUAACAAGUAAUAUAAACUGGAGAGAAAAAGAAUAAUUUUAACAAAAUAAAUAAAACGAAAUAUCUAGCAUAAAUUCUAGUAGUAAACAUAGCGCUGAAUAAAUGAUGAAAAGGAAAAUGAUAAAACGAGUAAAAAAAAAUGAAUUUACUUUUGGAUUAAAGUUAAUGGCUUUCACAGGAAUUGCAGCUUUUCUCAUUCUAAUUAUUGUUUCUUUUGUCAUUUACAUUCAAAAUUUAUAAAAUUUAAAUUCUUUUGCCAAAUCAUUCUUAGAAAUAGAUGAUGCUCUAUUUUGCUUUAUAGACCCUUUGAAUUUCAUUUCGCUAUACAGAUAUGGUACUAUUCUUGAAAAGAAUAAAUAUUUAAUCAUUGACAGUAACGAUCUUUAAAAAUAUGAAUCUAGUCAAAUUAAUUAUCAGCAAUAUCUAUUAAUAUAAGACUACAAGUUAAAGUUGGAAAGACUUAUCCUGACAAACAACAAUGAUGAAUAACUUGAUGAAUUGCAAAAAAAUUAGUUUAAAGUUCACAUUAAAAGAGCAAAAGAUGAAAAUUAUAUAUAAUAAAAAAAUAAUUUCUUCACUUAUGAAACAAGUUUAUAAGCUGCAUUAAAGUAGCUUUUACAAUAAAUUGUGUUUUAUUAUUUGAAUUAUGAAGAUUCUCAAGAAGAUUUUAUAUGGGGAAAUAUCAUAAACUUCAAGCAAAAAAUGAAAGAUCUGCAACUAAUUGUUGAAAACCAUGCUUAAAACAAAUUCGAAAUUAUGGAUUACUACCAAAUAUUUACAAUUAUGUUAUUUUCAACAAUUAGCUCUUUGCUAAUAUUAUCGAUUUUACCUCUAAAUUGCAUUAUUCAAGUUUAAAAGCAAAAUAUUUUAAAGCUCUUUGGUACAUUUUCUCCAUCUGUAAUAGAGUCUAAGAUCAAAUAAAUUGAAAUAAAUCUACAAAAAACUGACUAAAUGAAAAUCUUAGAAAACCAAACUUGUGACAAUAAAGCAUAAAUUAAGAAUCGAAAUUCCAUUAAAUAAAAACAAAUUUAACAAGUAAGAGAUCUAUGCUUAUAUUCAAAUAUAGAAAGCAAAGAAGCUUAAUUGCAAGAGAUCAGACAUCAUAAUCCAGCUCCAAAUUAAAUUCAAAGAUAGCAAAAUAAGCGAAAAAGAAAAAUUGCAUCAUUCAGCAGCAUACCGAAACUAAAUUUAAUAUUACUUUUUUUAGGAAUUAUAGUUUUAUUACUACUGCUAGUAAUACCUAUUAUUAAUUUAAUUGCAUUUGAUCCCUUUGAAAAAGAAUCUUAGCACACACUAAAAGUUAAGAUUUCUUUAAUUGAUAUUUUCUCUUUGAUAAUUUAAAAUUUCUCAUCUCAUAUGGAAUAAGUUUUUCUAAUAUCUAAAUAAUUACAUCCAUAAAAAUCUCUCUAAUAUGAAUAUUUGUCAAUUAUUUAAAGCUAAAACUAAAAUUACAAUUAAUAUAUCUAAAAUUUAGUUGUAGAAGUAGGAAUAACAAUAAAUGAUUAAGCAAUGUAUAAAAACUUUUAUUUGAAUCUGUUAAAACAAAAUGUCUGCGAUGUGAGAAAAAAUUAUCCUUAAUAUUUUAAUUCCAACAUAACGGAGUU